AUGGCAUUAAUGCCAUUGCGGAGGCAAUUAAUGCGUAUUAUCACUACGCAAAGUCCAUUUUCUACACUCCAGAGAUGUAUGGCUUAUAAAAGUUCAUUAUCUUUGGAGACAUUAUAUCCGAACAGUAGUUUAAAGCUUUCUACACCUGCAUUUACUCCGGACCCUAAAGAAAAAUUUUCAGGAUUUAUUCCAAUGCACAAGUUAGAUAUAACAUACAGCGCCAGUUCAGGACCCGGGGGACAGAACGUUAACAAAGUUCAUACAAAAGUAGAUCUAAGGUUCAAAGUAAGUGAAGCGGACUGGAUUCCGGCUGAGAUCAGAGAGAAAUUACAGCAACUGCACAAUAAUAAACUAACCAAGGAGGGUUACUUAGUAAUUCGUUCCGACGUCACUCGUUCUCAACAACUGAACUUGGCCGACUGUCUCCAAAAGUUGAGGAACAUAAUCAGAGACGCUGCCGUCACUAAACGAGAGCCCUCCCCUGAGACUGAAGAAAGAAUAAGGCAAAGGCACCUCAAAGCCUCCCGCCUGCGUGUAGCCGUCAAACGUGAAGCAGCUCUGAGACGCUCCCUCAAACAAUCCCCCACCGUCGUGGACUUAUGA